AUGAUAAUUCCGAAAAACCUGCGGAAACGAUUUCUUACUCUCGCUCACGAAGGACACCCAGGCGAGUCGGCUAUGAAGCGGAGACUGCGUGAAAGAGUAUGGUGGCCAGGGAUGGACAGAGAAAUCACCAAGUGGGUAGCUGGAUGCGAGGGAUGUAGACUAGUCGGCCUGCCCCAAAAACCUGAACCAUUGAGAAGAAGACCCUUACCAUCAGAAGCCUGGACAGACGUCGCAAUUGACUUUCUCGGGCCGUUGGCUUCCGGAGUAUACCUAUUCGUGAUCAUCGAUUACUUUAGUAAAUAUAAGGAAGUUGAAAUUAUGACCAGAAUUACGGCACGAGAAACGGUUGAACGAUUGAACAAGAUUUUCAGACGAUUGGGCUUUCCAAGGACAAUAACCCUCGAUAACGCAAAACAGUUCGUUAGUUUAGAGUUCAGCGAAUACUGCAAGCAAAAUGGGAUUUUUCUAAACUACAGCAUUUCUUACUGGCCCCAACAGAACGGUGAAGUGGAACGACAGAAUCGUUCAUUGCUAAAGCGACUUCAAAUCAGCUGUGCAUUGAAACGAGAUUGGCGCCAGGAUUUGGACGACUAUCUCAUGAUGUAUUACUCCACUCCUCAUUCAGCCACCGGUAAGACUCCCACGGAACUACUAACUGGCCGUACAAUCCGAACCAAAAUACCCUCACUAAAAGACAUAGAAUCCGCUCCAACCAGCGAAGCGUUUCGAGAUCGUGAUUUGAUUCAAAAGCACCAAUCGAUUGAUAGGGAAAAUUCUAAUCGGCACACUAGGGAGUUUUUGAUUGGAAUAGGAGACAGAGUGCUUAUGCAAAAUUUGAAUCCGGAAAAUAAAUUGAGCACUACCUAUGUUCCGACAGAGUUUACUGUCCUUGAUAAAGAAGGAUCAAGAGUUACGGUUCAGAAUGACGAAACAGGAAGAGUUUUUCAAAGAAACUCUGCUCAUCUUAAGCGGAUCACACAUCCACAGGAAAUAGAACCAGGUCUAGAGCCAAGACUUUCUUUCAUUCCACAGGUACGUCAACCAAAUGAUCCACCAGGAGAUUCGUCAGAUGCAGGAGACAAGUUUGACUCGAACUCGCGACCGAGGAGAUCGAUACGUCGUCCAUUGAGGCUGGAUGACUAUGUUUAG